GUCGGAGAAAAUGGAAAUCUUAAGAUUGGAACAGUCAAAGAGAAAUAUUAACAGUUUGAACGUGGAUCUUGAAAGGGAUAUGCAGAAAAUAGAUGAAGCCAAUCAGGAUCUUUUUCUCAAAAUCCAAGAGAAAGAAGAUGAGAUUCAGAGGCUGGAAAGUGAGCUCACUCAGACAGCAGACCUGGCAGAAGACGAAGAGUGGGAGAAGGAGAACAGUACCACCACUGAGAGGGAAAGAGCCUUGCAGGAGCUGGAAGAAGAAACAGCCAGACUUGAAAGGAAGAAUGAAGCACUGGUCCAGAGUAUAGCAGAACUUAAAAGAAAGCUUACAAGGAGAAUACAUGAGACAACCAGGUGUGAACAAGGCAACCUAGGCGAAAUCACGGAGGAGUCACAGGUCAGGUUACAACAGCUGGAAGCGUCCUGUGCAGACCAAGAGAUGCAGCUGGGCAAGGUCAUGGAGGACUAUGCAUUUGUGAUUCAGCUCUGUGAAGAUCAGGCCCUCUGCAUAAAGAAGUACCAGGGAACUCUGAGGAAAAUAGAAGAAGAACUAGAGACUCGGUUCCUUGAGAGAGAAGUAUCAAAAGUCUUGAGCAUGAACACUGCAAGAAAAGAGUGUAACAGUCAAAAUAAUAAGUCCCCACCCGCUGAGUUCACCGGUACUUACAUGAAUAGGGUUUCUCGAUGUCUCUUUUUUACCGUCCUAUUUUUCAUCAGACUUCUGGGCUACGUGUUUUUCCACAUAAGUUAUAUAAAUCCAGAUCUCCUUAUCAACGUACUGCCCCGGAUACUGAACAGGGGCAUCUUGUGGAAGCUAAGAAGCUUCCUCUUUCCAUCUCUCACGCUGGAGACAGAGGACAUGUUACCUCAUUGAUUCCUGACAAACACCCUUGAACAACAGAAGACAAGUGGCAGCCGAGCCUGUAGACUAGGAGACGGUGGAGCAUGCAGAGGGAAGAGGUUUUCUUCAGAAUUUUUCCCUUCAGGUUUACUUACUUGACUAUCUUCCCUCUCCGUUUUCUUUCCAAGAUUGACCUUGUCCAGUAAAGAGCUCUGUCAAUAGGCUCCUGUGGCUAUAUUUAUAACCCCAAUAGUGCCAGGCAUAAACAAAGGAAGCCAUGACCCUUUCUAGAAUGAUGUCAUAGAUGCAACUUAAGGUUGAGAAGUUUUUCUAGAGAAUCUCAAAACACAAGGGACUGGAUCCCUGCCAUGCAGAAGACUGUUCAUUGCUUAUAGUAGUUAGAACUCUUUGGUUGCAAGUGAACUUAGCUUCAGCUAACUUGUAACCAAA